AUGCUAGGUGCAGUGGCAAGAUCUGAGCAAAGGAAAACGGAAGGCACUAUGGCAACGACUGACGUGUGGAAGACAGUACAAGCCUCUUGGGUCGAGGGCAGACUCGAAAAUGUCAUUGAGCGGAAGAAGCAGCUGGCCGCCCUUCACGGCAAUCUGACUCGUCUGCAGAAGAAAGGUGGGCUGGACAGCAAGUUCGGUGCCCUCAAGGAACUGGAUUUCAUCAUCUCCGCCGUGGCAGAAUUGCACAACAGUCUGGACAUCCACGUAACUCAGAAUACUGAGAAGAGCCUUGUGGUCGGGAACAAGACCACAACGUUGCUGCGGCCGCUGGGCGUGGCGCUGAUCAUCGGCUCCGAGGCAGCGCCGCUUUCGUCCUGCCUCCUACCAUUCGCUGCGGCGCUGGCAGCAGGCUGUCCUACGGUUGUUGCAGCACCGGGAGGUAACAAGCAAGCGGUAUCACAUUUGCGAGAGAUCGUGGGAAGUGGAAUAGAUGGCGAGGCAUGCGUAGUCACUGUCAUCGAUGGGCAGGAUGAUGAGACUGUGUGGACGCGGCUGCAUUUUGACGUCGCCUCUAUUCCUGACUCAGAUCCAGAAAGUACAGUAGCCAAAGCACUCCGCCAGGCAAAUCCCUUCAUACGCAUUCUUCAACCUCUCCCAGGCCACCGUAUCGCAGUUGUGGACAGGAGUGCAGCCAAUCUUGACCAAAUCGCAGCCCAGCUGUCGAGAGCCGCAACGUCGCACCGGACUAGCAUUCCCAAGAUCAUGUUAGUCGAUGAGUUCACAAUUAAGGCUCUUGAAGCUUCCUUGAGCUCUUUCGCCAGUAGGUCGGAGGCAAAGUCGAGCUUUGCGGAAAUUCUUUCGGGAGCUGGAGCGGCCAAAGACAGCAGCUCAUUUGCUUUAAAACUGACUGGAAAUGAGUUUGGGGAGGCUAUCGAGCUUCUUUUCAUUCCCACAACCAGUAUGGAAGACUCGAUCAGUCUAGUCGAGAAGAUCAAUCCACGAAUCAAAUCGCCGGCAGCCUACAUUUUCGCGGGAGAAAAAGAGGCAGUUUAUCUGGCCACUUUCAUCCCCAGCCAGCAAACCUUUGUCAACUCCGUCCCUCCCGUGGUUUUACUGCAACGUUUGCCCGCGAAGGCAACUUACACCGGCACACGCGCAUACACUCUCCCGACCAACAUUUCAUUUGUGACAUCUGCCUCGACAGCUUCAGCCGCGCCGACGCUCUCUCCAGGCAUAAUGCAGCGCGCCACCCUGGUCUCGAGAGGACGCGACCACAGGCAUCCCGCCAUCCGCGUAUCACACAAGCAUGUCGACCAUGCAGCCAAUCGAAACUUCGAUGUGACGGCGGCCGGCCAUCUUGCCAGCGAUGUUCAAGACAGGAGCAACGAUGCUCCUACCCGCCACAGCGGAGGCGUCAGAUGCAAGCAUCAGAUUGCCAUCUCCAGAGUCACUCAUUCUUGCAUCGGCCUGAGCUUCCCGGACUUCUCGCACGUGUCGCCGCAAGACAUUGCUCGAGAAGAUUCAGCCCAAGUGCCAGAGGUUCAGGCAUCAGACCUCAGCAUCAUAUCCGGUUUUGCUGAGAAGCUGCAAAAUGCAGCCUUCUAUCCGCCCUUCCAAGCCCUCCGCAUUCCCCCUCCUGCGGUGAUGAAUGUCUUCGUCCAGCUAUACUUCGAGCACUUUCAUCCAAUCUUUCCGAUGCUGCACCAGCCUUCCUUCGGGAAAGGAGCUCCUCGACCUCUCCUCACCUUGGCCGUGGCAACAAUCGGAGCCCGGUAUUCGAAAUUAGAAGGCGCCAGCCAAUGCGCGCUUGCCAUGACCGAGCUUCUCCGGCGAUUGGCCAUGCACCUUUGCGAAACCGAUAAUCGCUUCAGUCGACAGAUAAGCCUGCUCCAGUGCAUCGUCCUUCACCACCUCUCCGGACUUCACUCCGGCGACCGGCGGCUCAUGGAGGUGGUCGAAAUUAACCAGUGCAUCCCCGCCUCACUCGGCAGGCGAACGGGGCUGUUCCGAAGCGGGUCGAGCCUCAGUCCAGACGCGGUCAGAGCCAUUCCUCUCGAAGACCGGUGGCAUCUAUGGAUCAAGGAAGAGGAAAACAGGCGGACUAGUCAUGCCAUGUCAGUCCUCGAUCACCACAUCCGCCUCCACGCCCAAACCACCUCCGUCAUCUCCAAGGAGGAACUAAGAAUCGAGCUACCCUCCCACGAAGACAUGUGGUCCGCCCCAUCCGCCCUCGCCUGGUCCAACACCUUCCAAGGUCCCUACCCACCCCCACCCCCGAGCAUCCGCCGGCUCGAAUCGCACCCCAACCCCUCCAGCCUCUGGCCGCGCCUCGGCCACCUCGCCAAGCUCUCCGCUAUCCUCAACCUUAGCCAUGCUCACCACCAAACGGCCGACAUUUCUACCAGUAUAUUGGACUUCAUCCCCACCCUCGAACUCCCAGCCGACGCCUCCGCCCCCGCCCCGCACCGCCGCCGCGCCGUCGACGCGCUACUCGCGUUCCACUGGGGGAAGCUGGCGCUGCACUGCCCAGUCAGAGACGUCAUGGCGAGCGUAUUUGGUGCGAUCGCUGAGCAUCACGGCAGCGGCGGGGGCGGCCACGGUGGCUACGGGAGCGGGGCCGAAGAAACGGGGGACGAGGGUGACCAAUAUGGUGAGCACUCGGCCUGCACCCUCCUCACCUCCAACCGCCGCCGCGCGCGCGCCUGCGUCCGACACGCGGCGGAGGCGUACGGCCUGCUCCGGACGUACCGCUCAGCCGCGUGCAGUGCGCCGGCUGUGCUGCUGCAUGCGGUUGCUGUGUUGUGGCUGUAUGCGCGGCUGGAGGAAACGGGCGGCGGCGGAAGCGAUGGCUGCCGCGGAGGCGGUGCAGCGGAUGAGUCGGUGGUGGUGUAUCUGGAUGAAUUGGGUGUUGGAAUGGGAGGCGAUGCUGCGGCGGCGGCGCUGGACUUCUGGGUCGAGUGUGGGAUUGGGCAGCCGCGGCUGGCGGGGGUGGGCGUUUUGAGGACGGCGGCGGGGCGGAGGAGGCUGCUGGCGGAGGCGGAGACGCUGUGUGAGGCGAUGGGGGCGUGGCCGACGUGCUGGCUGUACAGGAGGAUCUUUCGGAGGUUGGGGGGCGUGGAGGGGGAGGGGGUGGUGUAG